AUGUUUUUCCACUUACGUCUGUUUUGCUUAAUUUAUUAUUUCCUCUACUUCUUACAGGAGUUCGUCGACUUGACCGCCGAUUAUAUGCUCAACACUUCUAUCAAGCGCCAAUUCUCAGCUUUUCGCAAGGGUUUUAACUUGGUUAUCGAUGAAAGUCCUCUCACCUUCCUAUUCACCCCCAAGGAAAUCGAGCUCUUGGUCCGAGGCAGCCAGGAUUACGACUUCAGUGAGUUGGAACGUGUUACAGAGUAUGAAGGUGAUUACACGGCCGAAACUCCCAUAAUAAAAAGUUUCUGGGAAGUGGUGCACAAUCUUCCCGAAGACAAACAACGUCAGUUGUUACAAUUUACCACUGGCUCGGAUCGAAUCCCCCUCGGUGGCAUGUCCAAGCUGAAGUUUGUAAUCGCGCGGCAAGGACCUGACUCCGAUCGGCUGCCUUCCGCUCACACCUGUUUCAACAUCCUCCUUCUCCCCGAGUAUUCUUCCAAGGAGAAACUAGAACGUUGUCUACUAACUGCGAUAGCCUACUCCAAGGGCUUUGGCAUGUUCUAA